GAAAAAAUUUUGCUCUACCUGAUAUUUGGUCGGUUGGGGAAAGGUGCUUGCUGUGGGAGAGCGGUGAACAACAUCACAUCGUCAGGUCUUGAAGCUCUCUUUUAAAGGAACUUUACGAUAAACCGACAUCAUGGGAAAGAAUACGAAAGAAAGCAAAGAAAUCGAAAAAGUUCAAGUGCAAAUACAGGUCCAAUCCGUACCGGAUGGCGGUUGGGGAUGGAGCGUUUGUCUUGCCGGUUUCAUCGCUCAGUUCGUCGUGUUGGGGAUACAGAACAACACCGGCAUUCUUUACAAGGCACUGUUAGAGGAAUUCAAGCAAAGCAAAGGAGAAACAGCGUGGGUUCUUUCAAUCGGCUUGGGCAUGAUGUUUCUCUUUGCGCCAGUGACGUCAGCUUUCUGUGAACGCGUUGGUUGUCGGGUAGUAGCAUUCGUUGGUGGUUUGCUAGGAGUGCUGGGAUUUGUGUUAUCCUCGUUUGUCAACGACAUUCCUAAACUUUACCUGACGUUUGGAGUCCUGUGGGGGAUUGGUGCGAGCAUGAGCUAUUUGCCAACCCUUCGGUCGCUUCCGUAUUGGUUUGAAAGGCGCAUAAGUCUGGCAAAUGGAAUUGUUACGGCCGGGAGUGGCGUAGGUACGAUUGCUAUGGGUCCCAUCAUGCAGCUCGUCGUGAACAAUCUAGGAUGGGCUAAUGCGGCAAGGGUGCUCGGUGGAGUUUUGUGUAUAUGUACCAUCGGUUCUCUGCUUUACAGAGUUCCCAGUCAAACUGAGCAUAAGGAUGAGAAAGCAGAAGAAGCCGUCAAACCCUCAAGACCGCCUUUGUUUGACUUUACUGUCUUCAAGAACAAAGCCUUCUUGGUCUGGUGCAUAGCUUUGAGCGCAUUUAUGAUGGGAUAUUUUGUUCCUUUUGUGCAUUUGCCGGCGUACGCCGAAGAAUGUGGUAUACCAAACUCGCAGUCUUCCACGCUGGUUGGCAUGAUGUCAGUAGGCUCGACUUUUGGUCGGCUUCUUUUCGGAAAACUCGGAGAUCACCCGAGAGUGAACCGACUAUACUGUUUCCAGAUGGCGAUGCUACUCAUUGGGGUUGCCGAUACGUUGAGUACGCUGACCAAAUCUUACGCCGGCCUGGUUGUGUACAUGUUAGUCUUUGGUGUGUUUGAUGGUUGUUUUGUAGUCUUUUUGGCUGUUCUUUGCGCGGACAUUGUCGGAGUGGACAAGGUUGCUGCUGGAAUUGGCAUUCAAUUCUUCUUCAUGGCCAUAACGUCUAUUGCUGGUCCUCCUUUAGCAGGCGUUAUUUACGAUCUCGCGAAGUCCUAUCAGAUCGCCUUUUACGUUGCUGGCGCCUGCUCCACUGUUGCAACGUGUUUGUUAUUUCUCGUGCCAGUCCUCAUGCCCAAAGAAAGUUACGAAGGUAGCAGCGAAGAGCAACCGCUGGAUGGUAUCCGUUCACCAGACUCUCUUCCUACAACUUCCACAAAAGCCAGUCUCGGCUCGUGCAACAAACUGAAUAGUAACUUGCAUCUUACAGCGAGCCAAUCUUACCUAAAUCGGUACUGGGAUAUGCCAAAGAGAACAAGCAUGCGUGCGAGCAUGGCAAGCCUUUUGUCGUUUUCGCCGCUGCAGCCGCCAAAAGAAGUCUUAGUUGUGGUAGAGAAGGUCUCUCAGGUUUGAGAACGAAGAAAAUGGUUUGAUUCAAAAUGGCGCCCAGAACCCUCUCCCUUUAACGCUAAAGAUAGCAGAUAAUUUCUGCCUGUGUGUUCCAUCUUGUACUACGAGGUCAAGAACUUCCCGGUUAACGUUCAUUGUAUUUGAGCACCAUUCACGUGUCACUCCCACAAACUUCUUGUGUCACGAAAGAUGAGUCACGCAAUAUGGUACCGCUUCCGUCAUUCGUGCGACAACACUCUUGGACUCGGCAAAGCAGCCACUCGGCAAAAGACGUUUAAAAAUUAUUAUUUGAAAAAGGAAUACGUAAGCCGAUCAUAUUUAUUUAUUUCUCAGAAGCAUAAGUUGCACAAAGAAAAAAAAAAACGUUAAGUGGAUUAGCAAAUUAUUAGAUUAGUUAAGAGUUCAGUGAUUUUCGUUAAAUA